AGCUCAUCCAUGUUGAACGAAUGCGUGAAUGUGAACAUUUAUGUUUUGCACUAAUUGACACUUGUUUUAUAUCGAAAAUUAGCCGUUUAGCUAAAGAUUUUUUGUCAGUAUCAUUUUAAUGAAGAGAAAACGCACGAGUUUGCUGGCACUCGCACGCGCAAGCAGUCACGCGGAUGCGCUCUCGUGCUGCUUUUCCUGCCCUUGAAGAGAGAGAGAGAGAGAGAGAGAGAGAGAGAGAGAGAGAGAGAGAGAGAGAGGGGCUGACGGAUAACGGGAAACAGUUCUGGGACAGGAGUAAGCGAAGAUUCGAGGGAGGAUGGAGCAGGCAUACGGGGCAGGAAAAGCCGGAGGAGCCUUCGAUCCAGUAGCGUUUAUCCAGCAGCCGCAGCCUAUCCUCCGCUUUGUGUCCUGGAUCUUCUCCAUAGUAAUUUUUGGGUGUAUUGCCAAUGAGGGCUAUGUGAACCUACCUGAGGAUGAGGAGGAGUACUGCAUCUUUAACCGUAACCAGAAUGCCUGUAACUAUGGUGUGACUAUGGGCUCUCUGGCCUUUCUCACCUGUCUUGCCUUUUUGGCCUUGGACGCCUAUUUUCCACAAAUCAGUGGAGUCAAAGACCGUAAGAAAGCCGUUUUGGCAGACGUCAGCCUCUCAGCUGGCUGGGCCUUUCUGUGGUUUGUGGGUUUCUGUUUCCUGACUAAUCAGUGGCAGGUAACUAAUCCUGAAGACAUCCCUUUAAACGAAGGUGCAGAUGCAGCAAGAGCAGCCAUCACAUUUUCCUUCUUCUCCAUCUUUACCUGGGGUGCGCUAACGUUUCUUGCUGUGGAGCGUAUGAAGAGAGUUUCAUUUGAAGAGGAGUACAACAAACUGUUCACCCCUCAGCCUCCUCCCCCAUUUGUUUAACAUGCUACAAACUUAUACAAGCACAGGGACAGAUGCUGGGGUCCAUCAACUGAGAAGCCAUUUCUCUCUCUCUCUCUCUCUCUCUCUCUCUCUCUCUCUCUCUCUCUCUCUCUCUCUCUCUCUCUCUCUCUCUCUCUCUGAAAGUAUGAGGACUGAAGUACUGUGAAAGAAAAUAACAUUUGCACAGAAUACCAGUGCUGACCAUGGGCAUGGUGUUGUUAUUUUUGACAGUAUUAUAUAAACAAAAAUAUAAACAUAAUAAUCAUAAUAUUCUACAUUUGCUGGCCACUUUAAUAUGAACACCUAUGCACCUGGAAGUCAUGUGGCAGCAGUGCAAUGCAUAAAGUCAUCAAAUAAGAUACAGCUUAUUGUCCUGUUUUGAUGAGCUCAGAUUUUUUUGUAACCUCAUAUUCCUAAGCUGGGCUGCCAUGAAUGGUGCCUGAUGUGGUCCUCUGCUGAUGUUGUUCAUCCACCUCAAGGUUUGUGUGUUAUUUGAAUUAGAAUCCUGUCAACUCAAACAAGUCUGGUCAUUUUUUUCUGAUCCGUCUCAUUAACAAGGUGUUUUUACCCAUUACUCAUGUCGUGUCAUGUCAUGGACCUGAAGGAUUUGAGAAAUACUAUAUCAGUCCAUCUGGCACCAACAAGCAUGCCGUGCUUAAAGUCACUAAAUUCCCUAUUCUGAGGUUUCAUGCCGUUUAUGCAUCGGUCUGUUGCCACAGGGAAUUUAUUUAAAUCUAAUAAAUAUCUCUGACUGCACCUUCGUACAUGGCUUCAAUACAGUUUUCAUAUUUCUCAGUAGAAUCUUCGGACGAAGACGGCGUAUAUCCACAAACGUCUUUAAAUGUGACAGAUUGAUUUUCAGAUUGUGUGUGCUUUUGUGUGCCUUUAAUGUCCAUUAUCUUCUAAGUCUUAAUUGAAGAAAUGUAAGUGAACAUACAUGCAGGAUGCUGGAUGCAGUUCUGCAAAGAUUUAUUGUUUUAUCUCUUUCACUGGGCAAAAUAAGAUGGACCUUUUAGCUGGAAUUUAAGAACAAAAGUGUGUCCGUAGCGUGUGAAAAUAAUAUCAAUGUACCAGGGAAAUGAUCUUUUCUCUGUUUGUGUAUUUGCACCUGUUGUCUAGCAGGCACUAUUUAUACAGGACACUGUAGCGACACCGGAUGUAAAUCUGGACCUGUUGGAUGUUUAAGGAAAUAAUAAUAUGCACAUGUUCUUGUAGGAUACAGUUCUUCAGAUCAUUCCUUUAUGUUGUUUAGGGUAACUUGAUUUUUAUGUCCUGUUGAAUUUUUUUUUCCAAAUACAAUCAUUUUAGCUUAGUAUUUUGCAUCAUUUAUAGAUUGUAGUUAUAUCGUGUAUUGAAUUGUUGGAGCUGUAUUUUAUUUUGAUUUUUUAAUGUUCUUGUUCUUAAAAUGCCAAAAGUGUAUUCAACAACAACAAAACAAAGUUUGUUCCUCUGACCCUGUAUUAAGGAUUUUGGGGUUUUUUCUGACAUUCGUUCACAUGUGUAACUCGGUGCCUUUGGGUUCAUUAAAGCUGCCAUUGUGAAACUGCCCCUUUACUAGAUCUCUCUGAUUAAAGAAAGUGAAUUCGU